CUUUGAGCACCGCCGAGAUCUUUUUGGACCCCGUUCAAAUGUGACACGGAUCCGACAGCCGGAGCUAAAAACCCUGAUCAUCCCGACGGGUAACCAAAAACAUCUGACAUCCCAAAAUUUGCUGAAUAGAAAGUACUCAUUUCUCCUAUAUUUUUUUGUGGUGCGUUCAUCUGGCAUAAAAUGUAUAUACCGAUGCGCGAAACUGGCUUCAUCCUAGGAAACAAACCGAAUAGCGAUAGUGACCAUGGUGAAAAAGCGCUCUAAGCGCCUGGGACAUUGCGACCGGUACGGCCGUCAAGAAGUCCCAUAUCGACAACUCUUUGAUCAGUCGCGCAUCUUGCUCAAUGCGCUCCAAACGCCAACAGUCUUGGUUCCAAUUCGUUACAGAGGAAGUGGGGGCAUCGCUGAUCUAUGAUCCGAACUGCCUACCACAGUUGAUAAACUCGACCGACGCACCACACCGGCGCCAUCCAGCCUUGGUCUCGUUUCUGGGCCGGGGCAAGAAAGACAGAGCGUUGCGUUCCCUGUUUGCGGACAACCUACCAAACAGCACCUCAGCCUUCGGCUUCAGGCUACGCGUGGACCAUCGCACACUAUACUCUGGACGCCCGAUUCUCUUUACGGAUGGUGACCCCAACCAAUCCCCGCAGCCACCAGACGUCGGUGGCCUGGCGGGCGUUGAAAAGAUUCCUAUUGCCUGGGCAUCUAGCAGUGGCGCACAGAUAGUCGACACCAUGGUGACAAGAUUUCUGCUACCAGCAUCCCAUGUAGUUUGCAUCUUUGCUGAAGAUAUCGGCGGGUUGGCGGGGGUGCAGGCCCUCCUACGGCGCUGGAUCGCUAUCGGGCCACAGGCGACGCAGCCAGCACUCCGUCCACGCCUUCUCGUGGUAGUCGAGACGAAAGAAGUCAUCAGCUGGGAUGAGUCCCUUGGGGAUCCCCACCUCGCUGGCGUUCUCGCCCCGCCACCCGACGCACCCGAAGUUUUUGCUGGAAUUCAUAUGUUGCAUGUGUCACCAGCCUCCGUGCUCUCGGAUGAGGCCCGGUACCGGCCACUGAAAGAAGAACUGUUCAAAGCGCUGGAUGUAAUGGAGCGGGAUCGGAGGGAGUGUGGGCUACAUUUUUCAGCUGCCCAUCUACCAGGGCUCCUGGAGAAAGCGAUCCGACACACCGCGCAGGCUCAUGACAGGACAUUCAAUCUCAUUAGGACCGGCCGACCUCCGCCUCGUCUCCUGGAGUGGACGUUUCACAUCGGCCACUUUCUGCGCCAAGGAAACAAGGUGCCAGUGGAGGCUCAAGACAUCAUCAUAUCGUCCAGCUUGAUCUUGGAUGCCUUUCCGCCAAACAUGCAUGAGUUCCAUCCAAUUGAUCUGUUCCGAGAGCUCUACCGGCAGCCGUGCCUCGAUGCGCUUAAGUCAGUGGUUGGCGACGAAGCUGCCGUGCAUCGAGUGCAAUCCCUGGAGUCGCUGGUCGUCGAUAGUUAUAUUGACAUGAUUAAUCGGGGCACGUCGGCCCUAGGCCUUCAUCAAGGCCAGCAGAAGCAACAUCGCUUACUCUUCCAGAACCUUUUCAGUAAUCAAACAUGUCUAGGUUGUCUGCUCUCUAGCCCACAGCAUUCUCUCGCCUGUGGUCAUGCCCUCUGCGACGCGUGUGUCGAAAGGUAUGGUCAACCUCCACCGCGGGCAGAAUCCACCUAUAUUCUUGAGGCUUGCCCGCUCUGCCGACAGCCCUGCCUGACUUCAAUAGUCCUUUUGCCACGGACUGCGGCGGUAAGAGCCCUCACUGUCGACGGCGGCGGGAUCCGUGGGAUCGUUUCCCUUCAGAUUCUGCUGAUUCUUCAAAAUUUACUGGGCCCGCAUUGUCCACUGCCCGACCUAAUCGACGUCGCAUUUGGAACCAGUGCAGGUGGCUACAUUGUGUUAGAUAUUUUUGCCAUGCGAAAGAGUGUUCUUCAUUGCUUUGAGGCUUUCCAACGUCUUCUAUUUGGCUUCUUCAGUAGCCAGCAGCAUGGCUGUCGAUUUCUUUCAUGGCCACGUCAGAUCAUACGCGGUGUCACCAACCGUGGGUUGUAUGAUACAAACCAGGUUGAAUCGCUUCUGCGAACGCACUACAGUUGCACAAGGCGACUUUUUGGGCCAGAUGUACCAACGAGCACCAAAAUCGCGGUCACCACCACCACCCAGCAUGGCCCAGUGAUAUUGACCAAUUACAAACCCGCUGUCCACAGGCCGGAAACUGCGGGCUAUCGUGAAUUCAUCGCGCAUACUCCGAACGAGGAGCCGCUUCUUUGGCAAUGUGCCCGCGCUACAUCGGCUGUUCCCGGCCUCUUUCGGCCGUUUGCCCUGGCGGCGCUCGGUGACUGCUGGGAUGGUGGCCUGAGGCACAACAUGCCCGCAGAACUUUUCCAGGUCGAGUUGCAACACCUGUGGCCCUGGCGGCCACCUCUAGGCUGUCUCCUGUCGAUCGGAACGGGCGUAAGAGAUCGCGACCGCCUGGAACGGUCUACUACUACCCCACUCUCUGGCACUGCCCCUCACGAGCACUUUCUUCGGCCGAUGUUAUCCAGCUUCAUGGACAGCAUGGACGGCGCGGCCGCUUGGCUGCGCUUCUGGAAUCAGGCCGAUCGCUCAGUGCGAGACGCAUCCACCCGGCUCGACGUGUUGCUUACAGGUACUGAGCCCCUCUUGAAUGCUGCUCACCGAAUGGACGACCUCAUCCAGCAGACUAUCAAGCAGGGAGUGGGGGACCAUGGCCGCCAAAGCCUCAUACGUCUCCUUGCUCAAAGCUUGUUUUUCGAACUUACAUCUGCCCCACAUAUUGAGAAUGAUGGAGCAUCAUAUAAAUGUACAGGUUCAAUCCGAUGUCGUGUUUCUGGUCAAACAUUUCUUGGUGCUCUCCGGCGCUUGGAUACCUCGCGAAAGGAGUAUGUUCUUGGAAGCCGGCCCUUGGGCAUGAGUGUGACUGAAGGCUCGAUUUGCCCAGGGUGUAGCCGCUACUGCGUACCCGUGCGCUUUUCAGUUUCGAAUAUGGAUGACAAGAUCGCACUCUCGAUUCGACUGGCAGACGGACAGCGGUACUCCAUUGGGGGUUUUCCCCACCCAGUGCGGUGGUUUAUGCACCGCCAGGGACUCACCCCCAUGUAUGGCUUUGCCGGCGACGGUGUCAAUACUCGAGAUGAUUGUCAGACUUGCACCAAACGGAUCCUUCGGCGCGAAGGUCUCCGGAUUACACAGCUGCAGGCUCGCAGAAAGUUGCGUAUUGCUCAUGCAAUCCAACACGCUACCUAAUAAGCCCCUAUUAGUAUGAUGCCCGAUCUGUUAAAGGUAACAGAUCUUCCCCUUCCUUGAGUAGACAGCUACUUUAUGUUUUUCCCCUCGACUUUUCUUAUCAUUCAUUUAUGAUGAGACCAUUGGUGCUACGUCACUUCAUUCAACAGCUAAGAGUUAAAACUUCCGUUAUAGGAGGAUGAAAUUGAUUGUAUACUUACUGGUUUUGUCUCUGAACUUAAGAUUUCCUAUAGAUUUCAAAAGAUCAUUACAAUUCUCUUAGGGUUACACAUAAUUGGCAAUCCCCCCCUCCCCCAAGGAACAGCAGAACAAUCCCUGGGCAGAGGAUGCUUCAAGGCUGGUAUGUAACUCAAACAAAUAGUAGUAAUAAUAACAGUCUUGUCGUUGCAUAUGGACCCCAUCAAGAGCGGUACACAACUUGAACCAAAAUAUAUUACUCCAUAUACAAUUGCAGUCAAUGUAUUCAAGAACUAGAAUAUAGAAUGCUGUGGAUUCAUGCACCCGGUUCGGGUAUUCCCGGUCGGUAUAAAUUAUUAUCUCGGACCUACAUUUGUUACUACUAGUUCGGCCUAUCUAUAGAUACAUACUCUAUCACUGCUUGAAUAGCAACCUAGCCACCUGGCUAACCCGUUUAUCCUACCUAUUAUAUAUAGACAAACCGGCCACUGAAC